AUGGAACCAACCACCAGCUACCAAGAGUACCCGUGCAACGUGUCCAAAAGCUAUGGAUGUGACCUACGAAGAAGCUACGAGUUCUGGACUCCAGACGAGAUCUUCCCGACAAUGUGCCCUUUACCGAGUUACUACAACCUGGUACCAGAUAUAUUGACCUCGAGGAAUCUGCCAUUUUCGUGGAAUCUUCCUCCGAUGCGAUACAAGCCGCAGCCACGAUACGAGAAGCCACCGUAUUCUUAUAUCGCUCUGAUCGCCAUGGCGAUCAAUUCGUCCCCUAAACAGAGGCUCACGUUGUCGGGAAUCUAUCGAUUCAUCAUGGAUCGGUUCCCCUACUACAGGGAGAAUCGUCAGGGAUGGCAGAACAGCAUAAGGCACAAUCUCAGCUUGAACGAUUGCUUCGUGAAGAUACCGAGGGACAAGAUCGUCGGGGAGGACAACGAGGAGGAUCAGGCUGGAAAAGGUAGCUACUGGACCCUGGAUCCGUCCGCCAGCGAGAUGUUCGAGCAUGGAAAUUAUAGGAGAAGGAGGAUGAGGAAGCAACGAGGAUUCGUGCAGGAUAAACAGGAGAUGCAACAGAAAAAAGAAGUUCCUUCGUUGAGCAGACAAAUUUAUGAAAAUAUAAUAAUGAAGGAACAAGGUGAGAAAAAUGGCUAUAAACUGAUCGAGGCGAAAGAUGAUGAUGAGGGUACGCAGAUCAGGAAAAUGAAAUACACAGAGCCCCAAGGACACUGCGUAAAAUCGAUGAUGUUCACUAUCGAGAAUAUCCUACGGAAAUCCACGCACGAAUCUGCUGCUUAG